AUGAAGGUGAAACGGGUAAAACGAGCGGCCAAGAUCCUCAACUUUUUCAAGUACAGCUUCAAAAUCGCGCCGCCAUUUCGGGUACUGAUUGAUGGGACAUUUUGCAUGGCGGCACUGCGCGACAAGAUCAAUUUACGAGAACAGAUGCCGAAAUACUUGGGCGAGGAGACGAUGAUAUGUACGACAAAGUGUGUGUUGAGGGAAUUAGAGCUCCUCGGCGGCCCGGUAUAUGGAGCAACAGCAAUCUGUCGACAAUUUGAGCUCGCCGAAUGCCCUCACAACCAAGCCAAACCGGCGAGUGAAUGCUUCGCCGAGUUGGCCCGGAAAAUGAAAGACCGCCCGAAAAAGUACAUCUUUGCCACGCAGGACGACAAGUUGCGCGACAAACUACGUAGCUACCCAGGCGUACCCCACCUCUACAUCCAGUACAACGCCAUUUUGUUGGACAGAAUUUCGGAGGACGCCGCUUCCGUUGACAAGGAUGAGAUUGGGCGCCUGAGAGAAUUAAAAGAAAAAGAAUUCGGCGUGCAGCCCGCUAUUGUCAAGAAGAAGUCGAAGCAAAAGAACGCCAAUUCGUUGAGCUGCAAAAAGAAGAAGGCGCCUGUCCAACAACUUCCGGCAGUUGCUAAGGAUGUUGGGAUCGAGGAGCGGAAAAAGCGGACGCGGCGGAGAAAGAAGGUGGCCGCCGCGACGGAAGAAGCC